AUGUACGCGCUGUACUCGUACAUGCUCUUCGGGGAGUGCGCCGUGUGCGCCGUGCUGAUGGCGCUAUCCUUUGCUCCCUCCUUCAUCAAGAGACCCAUGAAGAGCGCCAUCCAGAGCGUUCAAGUACCCUUCUCACGAGAAAUCAUUGUGGGCUUCGGAGUCAUCCUAGUAGCUGCAUUUGCGGACUCCUACCUGAAAGCAACGAAGCAUCGUCACCCGCACACCGAUGGGUGGAAGGACAAGAUGGAACAUCAAAACAAGAGGUUGCGAGCGGAGAGAAACAUUUACAUCUCCUUCGGGUGCAUGUUCAUCUUUCUCGUCGUGUGUCAACUCUGGUCGCUCAUCAAGCGCGUCACGGAGCUCGAGGAGAAGGUGGCGCGAGAUGAGAAGUUGCAUGAGGUGUACAAGAAGCAGGUGGAGGGCAACGAGAAGUUCCGCAAGAAGCUCGAAGGAGAUAAAGAUGCAGAUGAGCAGGACACUGCUAGUGAGCUGCAAAGACUGAAAGAAGAGAAUGAGAGGCUCAAGGAAAAGCUGGGGAUGGACGACUCGUCCGAGACAACGCUGAGGAGGAGGAACGUAGGGGAGCGAGAUAAGAAGGACUAGCCUCAUCAUUGUCCCUCUUUGGCUUUCAUGUGUCAGAAAUUUUUGGAAG